UCUUGAAGAGAUGGCUGUGAUAAACUUCAGCAGUAAGGAAGUGCCCUGGCCUUCAGAAAAAAAUGAUUUGUCUAGGCUCCUUUCGCAGGUCGUCGAAUUUUGAAGCUCACAGUACAACUUGAAAAAGUUCCAUGUUGAUCAUGUUCGUGCUUGUUGGCAGUCCAAAUCCUUCAAAAAUGAAAAUCAAGCUCUAGCUCCAAUCUGAAAUGCGACGAAUGGAUGGAAUCACACGUCAAGAAUGGAACUUCAGUGGAACGAAAAUACUACGGAAUCGGAAUAAUGUUCCGACUAGAUGCUUGCGGUGCUUCCUCGCAGCGCUCCGUCUUUCCUUGUCUGGGCUGAAGGCAGAUCCAAAUGAAGAACUUCCACGUGCUUGCAAUUGUUCUUCUCUUGCGCGUGAUAUAUUUCUAAUCUUCUCACAGUCACACGCUGUUUUUAUCUAUACGUGACAGGAAAGCCAGAGUAUUGAAUUUGAAUUGAAGCAAUUGAUAUACAGCAACGCUGAGAAAAGAUGGUGAUGGGCCUUUCGUGUAAGCUAUGACGUAUUUCCAAAAACAUGUCGCUCGUCGUGGUUUCGUCCUCUCUUCUCACCGUGUACGCGCAUGGUGUUAUUGCUGCUACGUCUCUCUCUCUCUCUCUCUCUUGCUCUUUCCUUUUUACCGUUGGAGAACACUCUGCCGCGACACUGUUAAAGGCUCCCGCGGAUGCAGAAACGCGAAGAAAAACGCGAUGCAUCAAUCAAUAAAAGUGUUCUUUCGGAGCCCGAGAGAUAUCUAACGAGCGAAGUGUGUUUGUCAUACCGUCGUGUAAUAAUUAUUACACGGUGGAGAUCUUGAGGGAGAUGAUUCCACGAAUCGACAUAAUUAUAUCGACAGAAUUGAAUUUCCUCACCAUUUACAGGUACUGUGUCCGAGUAUAUUACCUGCAUGGCUUUUACAUCGUCUCGUAUGCCUUGGGAAUAUAUCUCCUAAACCUUGUGCUUGGGUUCCUAUCACCUGCGGUACUUGCAAAACUACCUUCUAUUUCUCUUAGUACAACAAAAAAGAAACGCAUGUGCAUGUCCUUUGCUAUUCUUGAAAGCAACAACAACUCCUGCACUUGUUUUUAUCUGUCAAACCAUGCAAACUCAUUCCAAAAUAGUUUGAACAAAGUAAAUAUUUUUCAUCAGAUUGACCCAGAGGACGCCGAGGACGAGGAUGGUCCGACCUUGCCAUCACUUGAUGGCCCUGAGGGCGAGUACAGGCCUUUUAGUCGGAAACUACCGGAGUUUAAGUUUUGGGUAGCAGCUACGAGGAUGGUGUGGAUAAGCAUAGCGAUGACCUUCUUCUCGGUGUUUGACCUCCCCGUAUUUUGGCCCAUCCUCCUGAUGUACUUCAUCCUCCUCGUCUUUAUCACCAUGAAAGACCGGGUGCAGCACAUGAUCAAAUACAAGUACCACAACUAAAUUACUACGAUUUUGUGCAUUUUUGUAGCUUCUUUUUCUUUGAAAACAAGAUAAAAACAUUUCAUGGUCAAAUUCAACAUCUCUGGUCCGACGCAUAAUAUGGCACAGGAGAUCGAGAUCGAUGGGGAGGCUCGUCUUACUUAUUCAUUACUCAUGAUUGCACUUUUCGUAUUCGUCUAAAAACAAGUCUAUGACUUAAUUCAUCGACAAUCUAGGGUACGGCAUGAUAUCCUCUCCUUUAUUUCAGGUAUGUGCCGUUCUCAUGGGGCAAACAAACGUAUCGAGACAUGACAAAAGUACAACUAACAUCGGCGGGGGUACCUCCAGCGGCUGGGGCGGGUAUGAAAGCGAACACAAAGUGACAUCGACUCCCCGGUACAAGAACCGCGUCCGGCGCCUUGUAGGAAAGUAAAUAUGUUGGAUCUAUCAAAAUAAGUCAACACCUCCCAAAUCCCUCCAGCAGGCUUUCCAUGUACCCUCCUGCUUCUGAACACGACCUGGGGGUCCUCUGGAAUCCUACCCAGUGACAGACUGCCUAGGCAUCUUUUGGUAUAAAUACUAUGAGGGGGACCAGGAAGAAGAAAGAAAGGCGUCACGUAAAUACUCAAGCCAAAGCCAAACAUUGUUAAUCGCAAAACUUUCAAACGGACGUAGUCAUAAUCUACAACUCGCCACGUAUGAAUAUGUGAAUUUAUUUUGUUCGGUUGACUAGUUCAGUUUACCGCAUUUCGGUAACUCGGUUGUUUUUGUACUUCUCUUUAAUAUUAAUCUAUGGCCUUAGAUAGUGAUGAGAAAGGAACUACAAGGCGUGUUGUCAUGGCAUAGGCACGAAAGACGGCUGGCUACUGGAGCCGAAGAUUAUCACUGAAAGAACUCUUGAAAGCUUUCGCUUUCCUGAACUGGCCAUGAAAGUAUUCCACCGAAUCGAACGCUCCCAUGAACAUCAUCAGCACAAGCUUAAUGCUGCAUGGAGUGCACGACAUAGACUCUCUCAGUUCAUUAACCACAUGCCUGUUACCCCAACAUCGAAGGCUAAGCCCUCUACGGCCUCACUUUUCUGCGUGUAGCUUUACUAUGCUUGUUGUCACCGAAGCGACUGAUAAUUUCGAACUUUGUUUUCUC